AUGAAGUUUCGACAAGCAACGAUCGAACGCAUUGAGUAUUCGCCAGGCCCCAAAGAUUGUCUGGCAGGCCGUGGAGGGUACACUAACCACCACAUUGGAACCAACAAAUUCCGCGGCAUGUGUGAGAAAAUGAAGCUACACUACCUAUUGGCUAAAACCAUAGCAGAGAAGCAGGAGAUUCGCAACCAACUAAUCUCCGAAUGGGAAAACGAAGGAGGACGAUUCCUCAAGGGCGAUCCGCAUCACGGAUUCCGUCCCAUGUCAGCAAAGGAAGUACGUCGCAAAACGUCACAAAGGUUACGAGAACGCCCCGAUUUGUUCUUCAAGAAGCUAUUCUCUGAUGAAAUGGACAAAAUGCUGGGCAUCACCAUGCCGGAAGAGCCGCUAUGCUAUGAUGAAGAUACGCUGGCUUUGUUGAGGAACCCAAUCUCGGAGUUUUCGUUGUAA